GCGUCAUCUUUAGUUGCGACCAACAGUGAUCGGGAACCCAUGUGUUGCUUUGCUCAUCGUUUCGAGUUUCCACGUUAUUGCUGAAUCAGGUUCAAUACUUAUGAGUCCUGGGCGAUUACUUGUUGCUUUGGCAACAAAUGCUGAGAAUUGCGAGUACAAAAUCUUUUCACCAUCGUUAUUGUCACUGGAGAGUAGAAAUAAUGAACCUGGUGCCCAAAUAGAAAACAGUGACGUUGCGAAAGUACAACCACCGCCUAUACCUUCACCAUUUACGAGUCAUCAAGUACUUCAAGAAAUUGGCGUAAACGGUUUCUUUAGUAAGAUUAGUAAUGUUAAACUUAUUACAGAAUUUAACCAAAGGCAAUAUUACAUUUCACCGAUGCACUCAGAUCAGGGCGACUUUGAUUCCGAUGAUUCCGACCGAGAUCCGCAUUUCAUUCCUGGCGUGCAAAGUAAAACGAGGUGCUUCGAGUUGCGACCAACAGUGAUCGGGAACCCAUGUGUUGCUUUGCUCAUCGUUUCGAGUUUCCACGUUAUUGCUGAAUCAGGUUCAAUACUUAUGAGUCCUGGGCGAUUACUUGUUGCUUUGGCAACAAAUGCUGAGAAUUGCGAGUACAAAAUCUUUUCACCAUCGUUAUUGUCACUGGAGAGUAGAAAUAAUGAACCUGGUGCCCAAAUAGAAAACAGUGACGUUGCGAAAGUACAACCACCGCCUAUACCUUCACCAUUUACGAGUCAUCAAGUACUUCAAGAAAUUGGCGUAAACGGUUUCUUUAGUAAGAUUAGUAAUGUUAAACUUAUUACAGAAUUUAACCAAAGGCAAUAUUACAUUUCACCGAUGCACUCAGAUCAGGGCGACUUUGAUUCCGAUGAUUCCGACCGAGAUCCGCAUUUCAUUCCUGGCGUGCAAAGUAAAACGAGGUGCUUCGAGGUCUAA